CCGCUGUUCGACCUCAACGGGCACAGCGGCGCCGUGUACGCCGUCCGGUUCUCGCCGACCGGCCGGCUCCUCGCGUCGGGAUCGUUCGACCACACGACGCGCCUGUGGAGCCGCGGCGGCGAGCCGGUCGCCACACUGCGCGGGCACAGCCACUCUGUGACGGACCUCUGCUUCUCUGCCGACUCGGCGGCGGUGCUCUCGGGCUCGUUCGACCACACGGCGCGGCUCUGGGACGUGGGCCGCUCGCAGUGCGUCUCCUGCUUC